AUGUGGUCAACCAACACUUUUACGGACAUCAGCUAUGUCACGGAUUCUUUAGUUUUCAUUCUACUGUCUCGAUUAUAUCUCAAUCUCCGCGAAGAGGUUCAUGGGAAUGGACUCGGUCUAGAGACGUCCGUCAUAUCUGAUGUAAGAUUUGCUGCACAAGUCGUGGGGAACAUGGGAUCAACGCUGGAUCAUGGGAAUCAAGAUUCCGAAGCUUUCGAGAUUGAAGAAGAUGCAUCAUACAAUGGACACGAUAGGCUAAACGGGGAGGAUAUUGACCAGGUCAAUUCCUAUAUGACUCGCGCAGCUUAG